GCACGGGUGAAUGCUGUCUUCACCUGUGCGGGCGGCAGUCACGUUGGCUGAACGAGGACGCCGGGCUGAUCCGAUGGUUCCUCACACAUAUACUACAUACAUUCGCAUGAACAUUCACCCAAUCGCUGCCCCUGCCCCUGCCAUGAAGCCAUAGCCCGCCCAAUUUCCUCAAGAUGAUGCGAGUACUCGAGGCCAACGCGCCUCCCAAGCAGACUGCCACGGAUACUAUCAGCACGCUGAGCGGGCGCCUGACCAGCGCAACCCUCCUCGAAGACCGCCGCGCUGCCAUUCUCGGCCUCCGUAGUUUUGCAAAAGAAUACCCCGCCUCAGUCGCAUCAGGAGCGUUGCGGGGACUCAUUACAUCUCUUACCAAAGAUGGCGACGAUGUGGACACGCUCAAGGUGGUGCUCGAGACGCUGCUCAUGCUCUUCCACCCCGACGAGAACAGUCCAGAAGCCUCCGAGGAAAUAGCCCUGUGGCUGGCCGAUCAAUUCUCUCAACGACAAGACAACAUCACUUUGCUCGUUGACCUCCUGGAGAAGCCAGAUUUCUACUCCCGCCUGUACUCGCUGCAGCUGAUUCGCGCCAUCUCGCAAGCACGGCCCCAACGAACCCAAGAAUGUGUCCUCACAGCGCCUGGCGGCAUCGAGCGCCUCGUCGCAACCCUCGAUGAUCCACGAGAUGCCAUUCGCAACGAAAGUCUCGUUGUACUCAACGACUUAGCGCGCUCCUCUUCUGAACUCCAAAAGCUAUUUGUUUUCGAGGAUGCCUUUACCAAAAUAUUCAACCUGAUACAUGCUGACGGUGGGCUCACACAGGGUGGGGUUGUGGUUCAGGACUGUCUGAGUUUGCUAGCCACUCUCAUUCGCUUCAAUGUUUCCAACCAGACCAAUAUUCGUGAGAUGGGUCAUGUCGCACGAUUCUCUGCACUACUUCCCGGGGGAAAGAAGCCAAAAAAGGCACGUCCCACUGUAGAAGGCGAGGACGACUGGGUCAGUCCACAAAGCGACAAGAAUGUUUGGGGUCUGCUUGCCAUCAUGCGCAUGUUCCUCGUCAAAGGGAGCCCAGGUACACUGCAAAACCAAAAUGUUUUUCAACAACAUGGCCUUGUCCGCCAGCUUCUCAACAUUGCUUUCGAUCCUGUAACUGCAAUGCCCAUCAAAAUCGAGGCUCUCAACACUUGCGCCGACCUCAUCAGAGGCAAUCCCCGACUACAAGAAGACUUUGCCCAAGAGCAGGUUCGGCCCAUUGUCGAAACCGUUACAAAUGGUGUGGCUUCUCCAAAUGGCACCGCGCAAGUAUAUGUUAUCGAAGCGCUACUCAACCUCGUGCUCUCCCCUGCACCCAAUGACCUUUUUGAUUUGCGCAAUGCAGGAUGCGAGUGUAUCAAGGCCUAUUUUUACAAUCACGUGCAGAUUCAGGAACAUUUCCUCAACCGAGCUAUCGGUGGCCACGAAGGUGGUGAUGAGACCGCUAAUGCGCUGACUAUACUGAUGGCGGGUCCGCAAGUUCCUCCAACUGGCGACCCCUACAGGAUUUGGUUUGCAGCAACCCUAAUAUACCAUCUCAUUUUCGACGAUUACCAAGCAAAAAAUACAUUGAUGCAAGUCAAAGAAGGCGACGCGGAAAGUGGCGAGGAAGUCGUCACAUGUAUACAGACAUUAACUGCAAACCUGAUUGCAAGUCUGCAGCUCGGCGAAGACGAGCGCAUCUCAGUCGCCUACCUGAUGCUUUUGCUAGGCUGGCUUUUCGAGGAUGCCUCGGCAGUAGAUGACUUCUUGGCAGAAGCUAGCAGUUUACAAAGCCUAGUCCAAGCGGUAUUGACACCGGGAGAGGAUCGUGUGUUGAUUAGAGGCCUGUGUGCAGCACUGUUGGGCGUCGUGUAUGAAUUCUCAACAAGGGAUUCGCCAGUGCCGCGACGCGAACUCCAGCCAAUACUUACCUCAAAGCUCGGUCGCGACAAGUACCUCGACGCCAUCACGGGGCUGCGACACCACCCUCUUGUGCGCGACUUUGAGGUAUUACCUCGCAAUAGUGGGGGUGGCGGCAGUUUACCCGAUGUGUUCUUCGACGAGACCUUUAUAGACUUUUUGAAAGACAACUUUAGUCGCUUGUCUCGAGCGAUUGACCGAAAUCCGAACAUUGAGCAGCAUCAGUCGCAUGAUGGCGUUGAUCGAGACGUAGUUGAUGCGUUACGUGGUGAGAGAGAUGAAAAGGAGCAGACCAUCCAAGAGCUUCAGGCACAACUCAUGACUCUGGAGCAAAAACUAAACAAUGAACAAGCCGAGCAUCGCAAGACUCUCAGACAAAGCUCGGCAAGAGGCUUCAGAGAAGAUCCGUAGCCUUGAGCAAUCGCUGAACCAGACACGUGGUGAAGUGGCUACCAUCACCGAAAGCCUGCGUAAUGCGCAAUCGCAAGCCCAAAAGAGCGAGGGCGAGAUAAAGAAACUUACAGACGAAAAGGAAGCACAGAUUAAGAAACUGAAGGAAGACAAGGAGGCGCAGAUCAAGCA